AUGAAACCUUUCCAAGGUAUAACGUUUUGUCCAACUGGAUUCAACGAUGAGAGUUGCUCAAGAAAUAUUUCCAAAAAGAUUGUUAAAUUAGGUGGGUUUUUCAAUAGAGAUUUAACUCUUCAAGUAAACGUUUUAGUCAUCGGUAAGACAAAAGACACAAAGAAAUACAAAUUUGCAGUCAGACAUCGUCAAGACAUUAUAUUUGUUUCUACGGAAUCUGUUGAAUCAAUUUAUCAAAGAUGGUUAGCAGGCGAAGAAUUAAGCGGAGCACUGGAUUUACUAAGAUCAAGGUACUCUUUACCGCCCCUCGAUGGAGUAUAUGUGUUUAUUGGUAGAGUUGAUGAUCAGAUUUGCACUUUACAAAGAUUAGAACAGUUAUGUUACUUACAAGGCUGCUUUAAAUGUAACAGCACACAUUUUACCAAGGAUUGUCAAACUAAAAGUCAAGGAACGUUAGUUGUAUUUGUAUCUGAUUCACUAGAUGGUAUUCGCGUAAAAGCAGCAAUGGAAUUGGGGAUUCCUAUAAUUCAUCCCAAAUGGGUAUUAGACUGUCAUAAAAGAAAUGCAUUGCUAGAGUUUGAUCCAUAUUACUUAUUAGAAACGAUCGAACCUGGAACCACACUGGAUCAAAUUGGAAUAAAUUCUUGUGACUGUUGGGAUUCGUUGGCUGAACCGAUUUCUGUAAUUAGAGAUCCAACCACUAAUUCAGUAACAAGGACUAAUCCAAGAAUCAAAUUCAAACCUCAAGGUGAUAAAUUGUGGAGAAGAGCUAUGUCGAAUGCACCUCAAUUGUCAUUAUCAUCACCAACCUCUGCUCCUAUAACUCCACAGCUACCUAAAGAAGAGAUAGAAGAGUCUAACUUACAUGAAAAAGAUUCCACAGUGCAUUAUAUUUUCCAAGACAUUACUUUUAACAUAGAUUCUAAGUUUUCCCAACAUCAUGCGACCAUUUUACAAAAAGUCAUUGAACAACAGGCGGGAAUCUUAUCCAAGGAUUCAGCUCAAUAUCAUAUAAUACCCAGUAACUGUCCCAUAGAAGGCAUAGACUCCCAUGGUGUUGUAACAGAAUUUUUCAUAGAAAGGUGUUUACACUACAAAAAAUUGAUAGACCCUCCAGAUUCAUGGUGCAAACCUUUUUUACGAUCCUUAAAUGUAAUAUUAAAACCUUCCCAAUCACUUCUGCAUGAUAAUAAAAGUAAUUUUUUGAAAGUUUCCAUUACUGGUUUUAAAGGUGUUGAAUUAUUACACCUUACAAAAAUAUUAAAGAUCAUGGAACCUUUGGGAAUAAAAUUUACGGAAUAUUUAAACAGUUCCACAGAUCUAUUAUUAAUCAAUCUAUCUUCAUUACCUAGUAUACCCACUUCACACCCCUUGUGGAAAAACAAAUAUGGCGAUUUAUUCCAUUUGCAAGCGAAAGAAGAUGAAAAGAGUAAAACUUCUAAUCAAGUGUUUCGUAAUUCCAUGAAACGGAAAAUUGAAUUCGUUAAACAAAAGCAUUCUAUACCGGUAGUAACACCAGCAUUUCUGAUGAAUCUGCUGGCACAUUCAUCUGGUCUUCACUCCUCAGAGAAAAGUACCGUCUAUUUAAACAAUAUCAAUUGGUGCAUAAUCUGUCCCAGAGGGACAAGGGAAAAUUUCGCAAUUGAUAUCUUACCAAAGAAGGGUUCACAACCUCCAUUUUUUUCGAGGGAAUCAUCAUCCGUAACACCGUCCAUCAAAGAAUCUGGAUUAGAAGUGCUGAGCAAAGUCAAUCAAGUAAGUCAUUCGAAAGUAAGAACAAAUCCACCUAAAAGACCAGAUUAUGGGGAAAAUAAUCCAGGAGAAAGCCCCUCCAAACGUCAUCAACCAGAGAAAAAGAAUGAUAGGGUCUCCAGUUGGGGAAAUCUAAUGUCAGAGGAGGCUAACAAUGUGGGAGGAACAGAUUUGGAUUUCGAUCCAAUCGAACCUACCCCAGGGAAUGUUGAUGUAAAUUUUACUCAAGUGACUUAUGGUAACUCGGCUCAAGACGUAAACCAGGGGAAAAUAAGAAGAUUGACAAGGAAACAAAUGAAGGAAUUGGGAUCCUAA